UUGAAGCGGCCAAUCGGCGCAAUUGCCGAUUGCGAUCGUGCCAUUUCGAUCAAUCCCGACUCGGCGCAAGGCUACAAAUUCCGCGGACGUGCCAAUCGUCUUCUCGGAAAAUGGGUCGAAGCGAAAACCGAUUUGGCGACCGCUUGCAAAUUGGAUUAUGAUGAUACGGCCAAUGAGUGGUUGAAGGAAGUCGAGCCGAAUGUGAGUUUUUUUUGGGGGGGAAAAUUGGGGAACUUUGAGAGCUUUGAAACUCGAGGCUCAAUUUCAGAGGAUUCUCUGA